AGUCUUACAGCUAUAAUAUUACAAGUACUCUAUUGAAUUCUUAUUAUUAUUUUAAAAACUUAAAAAAAAGUAUGCAUUUCAAGAGCGCCCUUAUUGUUUGCGUGGUGUAUUUCCUGGCGUCGGCAUGGAGCUUAGGAUUAAACAGUGAUCAAUUGGUAGAGCUGAAUAAACUGUUUGAAAAUCACAAAAAGUGUACCCACGGAAUUGACGAGGAGGACAUGCGACUCAUCGUAGAAUCCUUUGGAAAUAUAUGGGAAAAUUAUCAAGAUAAUUUUGGAUUCUAUCCAAAUGAGCCUGAUUCCAUAAACUUAAGUGAACUAUUGAAAGCGUUAUCACAAAAAGAAAAAAACUCCGACAAAACCGAGGUUAAUACACUCACGUCUUUUGAAGUAAACUUUUACUUGGACGAGUUACUUGAUGUCGCCGACUCUCAUGACCAAACGGGAUAUCUCACUCUGCCACAGCUACCGGAAGUAUUUGAGUAUUGGAAAACGAUAAAUGUUAGAUUAACCGAAAAAUCAAAAGAACUUGAAAUCAAAAAAGGCGACCGACACCUAAUAAACGCUGCGGACUUCUUGUUGAUCAUGUUGGAAAUCAAACCUGCAGGCAAUGGUAUAACCCUAGCACAAGUAGAAAAGUUUGGCCGUUUGUACAAAGAACAUAAGACACCUGGUUUGGUGAUCACCAUUGAACCUGAUGAAAGUGAAAACGUGUUCAUUGAGCUUGGUAUAACCAUAGACGACGAAUUGAAACUGUUAUUAAUUUCGAACCGACCCGCUGAAAUAUUGUUGAUGAAUUUAAUCUUGGCUGCGGCAGAACGCACUAGCGCGUUUGGGGAAAAGGAAUUGAGAGUGAAAAGUCUAGGCGAAGUCGUGUCUGCCUUAAACGAAUUUAUUAGGUUAGACGAUGAUAAGGACGGUUUACUGGCCCCUCAUCAGUGUCCUGGCGGCGAAGAUGACCGAAACCCUAAUACGACACCCAUGGAAGUGUCGGAAGAACUGCAAGGUGAUUUAAAGAAGUCCAAAGAUAUAAAAACAGUAAACUUUGCGGUAUUCUUAGAAAGGAUGUAUUUCGAUGAAAAAUAAAGUAACGUUGGCGACGACCCUAACACAUUCGGUUAUACUUCCGUUAAUGUUGACUCACAAUCAUAAACAAUAUUAAGUGGACAAUGUUUAAUAACCAUAACGAUUAUAAUAAUAUUUGAAAUAUUUUUAUGUAUUUAUGAAUUGAAAUAUUACGGUGUCUAAUA